AUGCAACGCAUGACUCUGUCGACUUUGACGCUUCUGGUUUUGCUUCUGCUGCCCAGGCGGUGCGGAGCUCUCCAAGUUAGCCUUCUAUCCGACACCCAUUACGACCCCGCCUACGGCCAACCCAAUGGCUACGGCAAAUGCGUGGUUGAAAGCCCCGCUCUCGGUGUGCCGGGGUGUGAUGCGCCGCCGGAUCUUAUCACCUCAGUCUGCGCAGACAUGAGUGCUCAGUCCUCUGCGUACAUGUUCAUGGCGGGAGACUUGCAGAGGCAUCAGUUUGAUGAAAGUGGACUUACACUAAACGACACAAUUGGCACCCUCACUGAGAACCUUGCCGCAGUAAAUACGAGCGGCACAAUAGAAGGCCCACGUGUGGCGAUUGCCAUGGGAAACAAUGACAUGGUGCCUAAUUAUUACCUUGAUGCAAUCAAUGGUAGGAACGAGUUUCUCAAGGAUGAGGCCGACAUCAUGGAGAAAAAUGACCUUUUACUUCCAGAGGAGGCCCAACAGUUCGUGAAAUGCGCGUACUACCUCCGCACAGUUUCUCCGACAGUGCGUCUUAUCGUUCUUCACACACUCGUUUGGUGCUACAGCAUUUCUCCUGCUAUUCCCGACGACGAGACUGACCCCUGCGGGCAGUUUGAUUUUCUGAACACGCAAUUGGCGGACGCGCGGAAAGCAGGGGCGAAGGUGAUCAUCAUGAGUCAUAUUCCUCCAUAUAUCAACGUGUGGGGUGUCCUCGACGCACGCGAUUUCCAUUCCAUUCGGAAGGAUAUGUACUGGAAGCCAGUAUACCAGCAGCGCUUUAACAACCUGAUGAAAGAGUACUCGGAUACAGUGAGAGUGCAGCUGUACGGGCACACGCACCUUUUCUCCUUCCAAGUUCUUCCUGGUGGUGUGCCAUCUUUCAUCAUUCCUGCCAUAACGCCAGUCUACGGGAACAACCCUUCAUAUUUUAUUUCGGAGUUUGAUGACAACGACUGGAGCCUGCGGAGUCUUGCGCAACGCUUCUUGAGCAAUACGACGUGGUCCAACGGCCUCCGUGUGGAGGACGUGUUUGGCAGUCUGAGCGACACCGCGGCGCUUCAGGAGACGACACACCGACUCCUGACGGACGAUGACUUGUGGACAAGAUUCAUCAUUCUGCGCGCUGGCGGCGUGGAGAAUCACGCGCUCUUUCCAGGAGGCGCGUGCGACUGGUGGUGCCGCAAACUAAGUGUUUGCUCGAUGCAGUUUGCGACAUGGGAUGAACUCGUGGUGUGCGUGAGGCAGGAUCGAGCUCCACCUGGGGGAAUCGUUGUGCCCGUCACCCUCGUGGCGAUUUUCGCGGUAUUUCUUGCUGUGGGGGCCGGACUCCUCAUCGUUCAUCGCCGACGGCAGCUGCAGCGCAUGCAACGCGCGGAAUUCGUGGAGGUGGUCGAUGUUGUUUCACAGGGUGCCGCUUCCGCUGGUGAACGCAGCGGUGAGCAGCCAUGA